AUGGACAGCGCAACUUUUGAAGACUGGUUCCUCAAUCAUCUUAUACCAGUUCUUAAGAAGAAAAAUGGUAGAAAAGUGGUGAUUGGAGACAACCUUGCUUCACACAUUAAUAAAAGAGUUUUGAACGAGUGUGAGAAGCAUAAUAUUAGUUUUAUUUAUUUGCCACCCAACGGUACACAUAUACUUCAGCCACUAGACGUCGCAUAUUUUCGACCUUUGAAGUGCAAGUGGCGGCAAGUAUUGCUUCAAUGGAACAGUCAAUUGGGUAGGAAACUGUCGACUCCACCUAAGGUUCAGUUUCCACGAUUAUUAAAAACUGCUUUGGAUUCUUUGACAGAGACCAAGGCGAAUUUGAUUGCUGGUUUCAGAAAGACAGGCAUAUAA